UACAAGCAAGAACCGGUAAUGAGGGGGAGACCAAGCAAACCAUUCGCGGUUGGUUGAUUCUGUAUCUCACUGUUCACUUCUGAUUGACCUCUCCUUGCCAGUGGCGGACGUGCAACAGUGAUCCCGUGACGUCGACGGCUGUCCAGCCAAUGGUAAGCGAAUGCAGCGUGCGUGACGGCCGUGAGAGAUACCAGUCGAUAGUAAAAUUACGCAGAUGCCAUUGGUGCCGAGAACUCCUACCGAUCGGACCUCGCGACAAUCCAACACCCAACAACGAGCGAAAACCUAGUCAAAACUAAGCGUUGCCUCAGGACCUUCCGCAAUGUACGGCGGCCCCGAGAGUGACCAUAUUAGCUAUGGCAAACCGGCCAGCGGUAUUCGGCCGAUAACAGGCCAACAAGCGCGUUCGGCCUGGAAAAAUAACAGGCCCCGUUCCAAAGAUCUUGAAGGAACGCUCGGCAGCGGAUAUGACGAGAUUGUCGAUGAUCGCAGCGAGGUGUUCGCCGAGCCGCCCAAAGGAUGCUUCAAAACCAUCCGCUCGCUAUGGGCAACACGCCAAAUGGUCGCAGACACAUCGGACAAGGACUGGCUCGUAAAGACCACCUUACGUGAACUCUUCAUCUACAUUUGUUUCUUGUGCAUUUUGUGCAUUCUGACGUUUGGUAUGAUGAGUCCGACAAUGUACUAUCAGACCAAAGUUCUCAAUGAUCUGUUCCUUGAUUCGAGUUUUAAAGACAACUCUGGCAGUCUGAGAGGCUCGACAAACCUCGACAACUUUUGGCAGUUCGUUGAUGACGUGUUGAUUAACUCGUUGUACUGGGACACCUGGUAUAACAAUCAGUCAUUGGUAAGGGAUGACAAAAACAUUCUCUAUGAAAAUCGCAUGCUUGGAUCGCCUCGUUUCCGCCAGCUACGUGUGCGUAACAAUUCGUGCAAUGUCCACAGCAACUUUAAGAAAGUCAUCUCGCAGUGCUAUGACAAUUAUUCACCAUUCUUCGAAGACACUGAACCGUACGGCCUUAUGAACGGCUCGGCCUGGACCUACCACAAGGAGAAGGAGUUAGAUGGUUACGAUCACUGGGGCCUGCUCUACCGAUACAGCGGUGCCGGUUACUACUCAGACAUCGGCACGACAAAAGAGCAGGCCCUAGCGUCCAUUCUGGAGUUAAAGGACAACCUUUGGAUUAACCGGGGCACCAGGGUUGUGUUUAUCGACUUCACCGUCUACAACGCUAAUGUGAAUUUGUUUUGUGUCGUCAAGCUUGUAUUCGAGUUUCCAGCUACCGGAGGCAUGGUCCCGUCAUGGAGUUUCCGCACAGUAAAACUUCUACGAUAUGUCUCCACCGGGGAUUACAUGAUCCUCGGUUGUGAGUUCUUAUUCCUGCUCUACAUCUUUUAUUACGUCAUCGAAGAGUUUUUGGAGAUCAAGGCUAAUCGCACGGCCUACUUUAAGUCAAUCUGGAACAUCCUCGACAUUUUAGUAAUCAUAAUUUCAGGUGUGUGUAUCGUUUUCUCUAUAUACCGCACGAUAAUGGUGAAUUCGUUACUUGUCGACCUGCUCAAAAAACCAGACGAAUAUGCCGACUUCGGUAAACUGGGUUUCUACCAAUUCCAGUUUAACAACGCAGUCGCAAUGGCAGUAUUCUUCGCUUGGAUCAAGAUUUUCAAGUACAUCUCUUUCAACAAAACCAUGACACAGCUCUCGUCGACGCUGUCACGCUGUUCAAAGGACGUCGCCGGCUUCUCGGUAAUGUUCUUCAUCGUUUUCUUCGCGUUUGCCCAGCUCGGUUAUUUAUUGUUCGGCACCCAGAUCAAGGGGUUCAGCAACUUUAUCAACGCCGUAUUCACCCUUCUGCGAUUGAUUCUCGGCGACUUCGAUUUUGAGGAGCUCGAACAGGCCAACCGUGUGCUCGGACCAAUCUAUUUCCUCUCGUAUGUGUUCUUUGUGUUCUUUGUUCUUUUAAACAUGUUUUUAGCAAUCAUCAACGAUACAUAUGCCGAAGUAAAAGUAGAAAUCGCUCAGCAGAAAAAUGAGUUCGAAAUUGUCGACUACUUCAAAAAGGGAUAUAACAACUUCCUUACGAAAAUAGGUAAACGGGAUCAGAUCGUCGACAUUCAGAACGCGAUGCGUAUGGCCGAUACCGACAAUGAUAAUAAAUUGACCUUUGAAGAAGUACGAAAGAGCCUUCGCGGCCAGAACUACAGCGAUACCGAAAUCGAAAUGCUGUUCGCCAAAUACGAUAUCGAUGGAAACCGAGAGCUCAACGAGCAAGAGGUCAAAGCGAUGAUGGCACAUCUCGAAGGCCAGAAGAACCUACUUGACCAGGAGAUUGAAAAUGAGCAGAAAAGUAUCAUACCAGAUGCUUCGUCAGGUGGUGGAGGCUUGGAUGGCGCAAGCCUCGAAGAGAUCACCGUUUUGGUGAAACGCGUCGACCGCAUGGAGCACUCGAUCGCACAGAUCGUCAACAAGAUCGACGCGGUCCUGCGCGGCAUGGAGGAGAUGGAAAACAAGAAAAAACGCCGUAGAGACGGCAUGUCCAAGAUCCUUGACACAAUCUCCGAGGCGGACAUCGACGAAAAGGAGAAGCGACUUCGCAUGGAGAAACUCGUAAAAGAAGAACUACUUCGAACCGAUUCGGAGUCAUCUCUUAAGGAUCCCACGAACAAUCUUUAGAAUAGUAAAUGAUGAUGACAAACCGGAACAUGUGGUUUGAAUAGUCCGACAUUCUAUAUAAAUCCUAUUAUAAACAUAGACGCCCUUGAAAGGCCCAUUAUAAGCAGUCAAUAGGACGACCUAUCACUUAUCACAAGGGAUUCACAUGAUAAAGACAAGUGAUUACGCUAUACAUGGUAAGAACCUUUGAUGUCCGUCGCAUGUUCAGACGCCUAUUCCAUAUGACUACACUAUUAAUGUUUCAUGAUAAUGUUACAAUAAACGGAUCAGUACUGAUCUCAAGGUCAAUGACUCAAGCCAACAAGCCAACCAAGUAGAAUAAAUCGAUUUUUUUUUUUGUUAAAAUCGACACUGCUAUCGAAUGCAUGUUUUAUUAAUAUCGUUACUAUUAUA